GCGGGGGUCGGGCCUCUGCCCCUCCUUCCCCGCAGCGCUGCCCCAUGGCAGCCCUGUCCAUCCGUCCGGUUUCCCUCAUGGUGCAGUGUCUGUAUGUCUGUCUGUCCCGUUUCCCUCACGGUGCAGUGUCUGUCUGUCCGUCCGUCCCGUUUCCCUCACGGUGCAAACCUCGGGGCUGCUGGGUUAGGGGCAACCCCGCCGUUUGCCCCCAACACAACCGCUGGGUUUUGGUACCGUAAAUAAACCAGCGCUGAGCUCUGUCGGUGUUUGAUGCUUUCCCCGAGGUGCAAGGGAAGAGGAGAGGGUUUUUAAAGUGCUGUCUGUUGUCCUGUCGGGGAAAUGAAGUGAGGAAGCCUGGGCUGGAAAUGCAUAGGUAGCACACAUCCAUCGGCAUAAACAGGCUCUUCCAGCUUGGAUUAGCCCAGACCUGGUGACUGUAGUCAGGAAAUGGUUCACAGAAGUUGGCAGCCUGUAGGAGUCUAGUUUGUGGGUGGUCUGAUCAUUUUCCAGCUCUGUGUUCACUCUGCCCAACUCCAAACCUCUGCAGAACCGGAGCAGAGAAAGGUUCAUCUGGUGACAGGGGGGUCUCCUGUAACCGGUUUCUGUGCAGGUUGCCAGAGUUGCGUAUGCUGGACAAACUUCUCCAGUGCUAGCCUGAAACUUCUGAAGAUAACCAGGUCUCCCAGUGCUGGCACCAACUCUGUGAGACAUGAGGUGCUCUCUGAGCAAAUGAGGUGAAGCUUUUCCACACAGGGGGAGUGUUUCUCUGCUGUGUGAGAGUCAGCAGGGAGCACACUGGAAGUACGCUUUGGGAAAUGAAAACUAAUGGAGUGUUAAAAACCUGUCAGUGUGCAGACAGGGCAGGGAGUUUUUAGCCAAGCAGGAACUGUGCUGUGACCUUUCACUGCCGCUGUGCUUCACUGCAGCUCUGCUGGACCUUCAUCUCAUUUUACUUUUCUUCCACAGCUGUUAGGGUGUCCUAGGACACACAUUUAGACUUAGAAGUGCACCCAACAGGUGCAGUCCUUUUUCUCUUUAGAACUUGAGAAUUUAAAAGGGAGGUUGAUGGAAUUUGACUGUGAUCGCUCACAGUGUUUGCUAUAUCUUCACUUGUAGUCAGGUUUCUGUGCUGCAGGCGAUGGGCGAUUUAUGCCAAACUCAAGCUCUGCCUUCUCGCAGGUAGCAUUGGAGCUGGUACAGAUGGCCGAGCUGGUUCAGGGGGAAAGCAGCAGCUGCCUGUCAAAGCAGCAGAGGCUACCAGAACACGUACACAGCUCUGAAGGAGGAGAUGACGAGGUUUUGCUGUUAAUGCCAUUUGGUCGCAGAGGGUUCCAACUGAAAACCACACCAGCACAGUGCCACAGGAAGGUGCCUGCCGGCUCCAGUUCUGCUUGACAUGGCCACGUUCUACUAGACCUGCCAUGACGGCAUUCUUUCCCAGUGUUCCCAACUGGAUUCAAGAUGCAAAGCAGGAGGAGGAAGAGACAGCCUGGAAAUUAGUCCCCAGACCAAGAGGCGAAGAGACCGAAAGUCAGGGAAAAUGCCACUGUGAAAUAUCGGAGACGCCCUUUGCUCACGUGGAGAAGCUGAGGGCUCACGCGCUGGCUCACGCGGAGCAGAGGCCGUACAACUGCCCCCAGCUGCACUGUGGCAAAGCCUUUGCCUCCAAGUACAAGCUGUACCGGCACAUGGCCACGCACUCUGCUCAGAAACCCCAUCAGUGCAUGUACUGCGAGAAGAUGUUUCACCGGAAAGACCACCUUCGCAACCACCUCCAGACCCAUGAUCCCAACAAGGAGGCCCUGCACUGUCCCGAAUGCGGCAAGAACUACAACACAAAACUGGGCUUCCGGCGGCAUCUGGCCAUGCACGCGGCCGCCAGUGGUGAUCUCAGCUGCAAGGUGUGCCUCCAGACCUUCGAAAGUACCCAGGUCCUGCUGGAGCACCUCAAAGCUCAUUCCCGGCGGGCUUCUGGGGGAGCGAAGGAAAAGAAGCAUCCGUGUGACCACUGUGAUCGGCGCUUCUACACCCGGAAAGACGUGCGGAGACACUUGGUUGUGCACACGGGGCGGAAGGACUUCUUGUGCCAAUACUGUGCUCAGAGGUUUGGGAGGAAGGAUCAUCUGACCAGGCACAUGAAGAAAAGCCACUCCCAGGAACUGCUGAAGAUUAAGACGGAGCCAGUGGACAUGCUAGGUCUCCUGAGCUGCAGCUCGUCAGUCGCAGUGAAAGAAGAGCUGAGUCCCGUCCUGUGCAUGGCAUCCAGAGACGUGAUAGGUGGGAAGAGCUUCCCUGGCGUGUUGCCUGUGGGCAUGUACGGCACACACCUCCAGACCAUGCCAAGCUCAGGGAUGCCCCACUCUUUGGUUCCUAACUCUCUUCCGAUGGGAAUGAGCUAUCCUUUGGAGUCGUCUUCUCCCAUCUCCUCCCAACCGCAACCUCCUCCAAAGUAUCAGCUUGGAUCUACCUCAUAUUUGCCUGAGAAACUACCCAAAGUCGAGGUGGACAGCUUUCUGUCAGACCUCCCUGGCAGCCUGUCUCUCUCAUCUGGCGAGCCUCAGUCCUCCUCGCCUCAGCCGCCCCCCCUGGACGAGGCUUUGCUUUCCAAGAGCCCUGCUAACCUUUCAGAGGCUCUCUGUGCUGCUAACAUGGACUUCUCUCACCUUCUUGGCUUCCUCCCCCUCAAUCUUCCUCCUUGCAAUCCGCCCGUGUCCUCGGGGGGACUGGUCAUGGGCUACUCACAGGGGGAGACGCAGCCACUGCUUACCACUUUGCAACAUCAACCUCAAGAACCUCCCGGAGCUGGGGCCUCGCUGAACUUUGGGCCCCUUCAUUCGUUGCCCCCUGUCUUCACCUCCAGCUUGAGCACAACCACGCUGCCGCGUUUCCACCAGGCAUUCCAAUAGGCUGAAAAUAGCACUGGAGAACAGACCUUUCAGCUGCCCUUUUGUGGAGACCCUUAAAAACGCACAACUCUCGCUUCCCUUUUGGGUGCGAAAGCUUUGCAGAGCUGUUUCAGACAGGAGGUUUCUGAUCUCUGGAGGGAGCACUUGUAGACUAAAACAGCAGAGACCCCCGUGCGAGUCCCAGUCCUGUACAGCGGAAAGAUUUCAGCUGAUAGACUGGAUAUAUUUUAUCUAAUUUUUAAUCUGUGAAUCAGGAGCCGCGCUUUUAGCACUGACCUUCCCCGAGAUCCUGGAGCUGUGUUCCUCUUGGGGAAGCGACUGUCCCUGAGAAGGAGUUGAGACUCUCUCAUCUCGGGCUAAACUUUAGAAGAGUCCAGCUUCCAUUUCGUGUUGUUACACUGCAAUUCUGGAAAAACAGCCAACGCCUCCCCAGGGAGAGGAGGAGAAGCCAGGAUGCCCACUCUGUCUGCACCCCAUGGGGAAGGGCCAUCCUCCCCCACUACCUCUCAUCCCUUCACCGGACACCACUUACUCCACAUCAGUGUUAAGCAACAAGACCGUUUACAUAGCGAAUUCAGAAUUCACCUCAUUCUUCCUCGGUUAGGUUGGACUCAUCACAGUGAACAUUGUUUACACCACACAACUGUUUCCGCCAUGACAGAAAUAGGAGGCACAGGAUGCACUGGGUUUUUAUCUGGUGUAGCUAGAGCACUGUUUACACAAUGAAGUCAGGUUGCACUGAUUUCUCUUCACUUAUCAUGUUCUUCCCCCAUGGGGAAACACACUGCUUUUUGGGAAUCACUGCUUUUGGGCCACUGCAGCCUCUGCCUCUGCCAGCAGCAGCUUCCCGUGUUCUCUCUGGCUGGCCAUGAUGGAUGGAACGGCUCUCAGCUUAGCUUUUUUGUGCUGCACAGAUAGAGCCCUCUUAAAGAUGUCCCACAGCAAAUGGAUCGUGCUUUUGUUCUGGAAACCAAAGUGUGUGGAAAAGCUGGGUUAGGAGCCGGGGACCGGCGGCACAGAGCACUGUGGUACCGGGCAUGGCCGAGACCAGGCAGCAGGCCUCACGCCGUGGGCUUCCUUCAGGUGAAGAACAGAGUGCGAGUUUCAGGGGGUUUCUACUGCAGCAGUUUGGUGAGGUCAGUACCUUUUUGGCUUAUCCAUGAGGCAAUCUCAAGAGGUCCAUUUUUACCUCAGUCCUAAGGUGUUAACAGCCAGGAAAAAUCAGUCCCAGCUUCCCGUGCACCCCAGCGGUGCACCUGAAGCGCUCUCCCCAACACUAAUGUUUCUAAUGAACGCUGAGGGUUUGGACUUGCACUCGCCCUUCUGCUUCCGAUUUGGUUCCUGGGCCUUUUGUUCUCUCCUUCUUGAGCCUCAGCUCCCGAAGGUAAAAUCCUGUGUCUCUGCUCCCUGUCCCACCCUGACAUUUCCCUGUGGAUUGUCCCCCUGCUGAGGGCAGGGGCUGCCCUGAUGUGUGGCCGCCAGCUGCUCCCCGCUGUCUCCUGUUCGCCCAUUCUGGGCACUUGCACUGCGGAUGGGGAUACUUGGCAGUCGAUCUCGCUCUGUGUCAAUGCAUUUAUGACUACAGAUGCACAGAUCUCUGUACCUCAGCAUGGAGAACCACUGCAGGCCAAUAUAAACCAGGCAAUCUGCCAAUAUUGCUCUCCCUAAAUCUAGAAAAUGCAAAAUCUACCUCCACUCUAUUCUCUUGGCUCCGUCAGCGAGGCCGGACACUGUCCUUCCCCCUCUCUGGUGCACGUCCAGCCCAGCCAGCGCCUGUCACCUUCUGCUGAGCCGCCAGCCUCGCAGCCCGGCGUGGCCAAGCCCCGUUUGUCCAUAGUCCUCUGGAAUUUCUCCCCUUCCAUUGUCCUCUGGAAUUUGAUUUGUAAUUUAGCUUAGCGACUCUCCGAGUGACUGCUUAGUGACCCGCUGAUCUCCAGGACGUAGCGCGGUCGGGUUAGGGUAGCCAGCCAUGCUGCAGAGAAAUCAAACUUGUAUCAAAAUGUAAUAUAAGAUUUAUUUACCUCAGCGAUGUCCUGCGGCAGUGAUGUCCGGGUUGGUGCAGUACAUCCUCUCCUCCACUGUCAAACGUUGCCUUUCCAAGUUCAAUGAGUGCCUUUUUCUUCUCUAACAUAGCAAGGGUAAGCAGAGCAUUGCAGCUCAUCGUGUUUACCGUCACAGAAUACCUCAGGCCUGUCUCCUGUUGCUUUUUUCUCUGCGAGUGGCAGCGUGUGGCACUGUUACAGGUGUGUGCGAGCCUUAUCCCACUCUGCAGUGGCAGGGUUUGGGUUUUUAGAGAAAUACGUAGUCAGAACUGAUCGCCUCCAGUGAGCGAGGAUCGUCAGAUUUAUGCAAUGCCAUCUCACACCUCCUUCCGUUUCCAACAUUCGGCUUCAUUGCUUUUUGCCUGCAUUGUACUCUGCACAGACGUCAGCACUGGAUUCCUGUAGCAGUGGUAGCUGAACAUAGAGCCAGGCAGCUUUUUCCUACCAGUAG